AUGAUUUCUAAUUCUCCGUUGCAACGACAAGACAAAAAUUCUUCGGAGAUAAUUGAAGAUAUUAUCUUAGAGAAACCAUACUCCGAUGGUGUUUCUGUGAUUCUAUGCCAUAAAAAACGACAUUUUUUGGUAUACCUUUCCAUUUAUGCAAAAAAUAUCCUCCCACCAGAAGAGUAUCAAAUAUUGUUUCCUAAAAUAAUGAAUGGCGUUGAAAAAACACAAGCAAUUAACAAAUUUAUAGCAAUCAGUCAUAAAUUCAAAAAUAUUCCGAUAUUUGCAAUUGCAUAUGCAUCAUAUUUACUUUCAUCUGACGAACGGCCAUUCCUUUACUACGAAAAAAUCGCUAGACACAUCAUAAAUUUCAUAGAAAAUCAAGAUAAUCUUCCUUCUUCAAUUCUCUCUACUUUAAUACCAUUAUCAUUUACAAAAGUCAAUAGCUGUACAGAUCUUUGCAUCAGAAUCCUCAAUACUGUAGUUGAAAUUUUUGGCGCCAAUAUUGUUUUCGAGUAUUGCCUUCAAUAUAUCAAAGAAAUUGAUUCAUCGAUUGUUGUAGACUUUUUCGCGAAUAAUAUAUCACGCUAUAAACUCUCAAAAGAGCUUCAAGAAAAAUAUAUUACAACAUCAGAACUACAGUUAGCAGAUACAAAUUGCCAAUGCCCUCACAGCUGGAAUAAAUUAUAUUCUGUUCUUACUAAUACGAGGAAUAUUCUUCAAAUCCAUGUUCCUUUAACACCAAAUUCGAAAUCCAAUCAACAUCUCCUUGCUCAAUGGCCGAAAUCUAUACUUUCCAAAACCUCAAAGACUCCUCGACCUGAAAGGCAUGCAACAUUUCGUUUCGAUUCAAAUUCUAAACUUACUAUUGAUUCUGACUCCGAUGACGAAUAUUUAACACCCACCAAGAUUUAUACGAAGGAUUCUUUCAAUUCAACUACAAAUUCAUCCUCUCCUUAUUCAACGAGCAUUUCAUUGGCUUCAUCUCCAAGAAGAACACCUCGGAAAGCAUCGAUAAAGCAGCAACCACAAACAGAUGAUAUAUACGAACUUCUCAGAGAAAUAGAAAUCAAUCCGACUGACGAACUCCUGAAAAGAAUUAAAAAUUAUUUAAUUUCGGCAACUUCGCUUCCAGCGAACCUCAACAUCAAGCAAUUAUUCAUAGAAUCUAUGGUAGCGUUCAAGAGACCUGAAAUGCAACAAGAUAUCUACAUUCUUGUUUCAAGAUUGCAUGCGCUUGUAAAUCCACAGGAUAUGCUUGAUGUUUACCUUGGAAUCAGAUCUCUGAUGUAUAGUAAGCGCAAGAAGAUCAAUAUUUCUGAUGUUGAUAUGCAUUAUCUGUCGUUUUUACGUUUGCAUUCCCAAGAUUUGGAAGAAGGAUAUCCACAAACUCUCGAUGAAGUUAAUGUUGAUGUUCACAAUGAAUUGAUGAGUGGUUUUGAGCUUUUAACUCAAUGGGAUACGAGUUAUGCAGGAAUUGUGAAGAUUUACGAUGUUUUAAAGCAGGAUCCAACAUUAAACAUCCUGGAUUAUUUCGAUCCAAUAGAAGAUCCAUUUAAGUCAUUUUUAAUCACUGGUUUGGACAGAUCUGCAUCUGCUGACAAUUUCGUUGAUUUACAACCAACAAUAGAACUCCUUAAGCAAAGAAUGGAUGAAGGAAAUGCUGCUGAUAUUCUCGAAGAGUCAAUGGACAGAUUAAACGAGAAAAUGCUUGAUGCAAUCGCGAAAACUUCUCCUGAUGGGGAGAAAAAGAAAAUUCCUCGGUUUGUGAAGACUCCUUCGAAUGUAAUUAUAAAGUUCAUGUCUUCUGAUGAAGAAGAUGAAGACACAACAGAAGAAAACGAAAAUUCAAUUAAUGAAUAUUAA